AUGACAUCUAAAGCAGAUUACUUGAAAAAGUAUUUAUCACCUGCUAACGGCGAUCAAGAAAAGAAGAAAAAGAAAAAGAAGAAGGAUGGACCGAAAGGAAUCCGAUUAAUUGAAGAAGACGCGUUUCUUUCUGUAGAUGCUGCAAAAGUGAAAGAUAUCGGAUCUGACGAAGAACGAGAAGAAAUCGAAGUACUGAAGCAAAGCGCCAAAAAAGCCAAGGUAGUGCAUGGAUUCAAACAAACAUUUGCCCAAGUUGAAGCUCUGAAAGAAGUGAAAAAUGAGCCAUUGUCGCCAGGUGAUUCACCCCCAAGAAAAACGCGUCACCGUCACGACAGUGAUGAUAAUUCUCCUCCGAGGGCUUCAAGAAAGCGUCAUGACAGCGAUCACUCGCCACCGAGAUCAUCUAGAAACCGCCAUGACAGCGACAAUUCACCACCAAGACCUUCGAGAAGAAGACACGAUAGUGAUGAAGAUAACUCCCCGCCAAGACGGUCAACUGGCCGACAACGUCACGACAGCGACAACUCACCACCUAGAGCAAAUCGACAGCGAAGAGAUAGUGAUAAUUCUCCAGUUCGUCGCCGUGCCUCUCCGCCUCGCCGAACUCGACAUGAUAGUGACAACUCCCCGCCACGUGCUCGUGCUCGUCGUGAUUCUGACAACUCUCCGCCAAGAAGACGUGACCGAGAUUCUUCUCCUCCUCGCCGACGUCGUGAUGAUUCUAGUCCGCCGAGAAAAACGAGAAAGAUUGAAGAGCCGAAGAUGAUAAAGAAAGAAGAACCGGAUAGUGAUACAGAGGUUUCUAGAAAGACUUUAGAUGGAAAGAGGUCAGGAUUACAAUCGGCGAAGGAUUUGAAGGAGGAAAGUGACAAGUUAAGAGCGAAAAAUGCCAAGGUUUUCGAAGAAAUGGAUAGUUCCGUGAGUGGACGAUUCGCUGACACCGUCUAUCGACAGAAGCAAACGAAGAGAAAAGGAAGAGAUGCUGAAGAAGAUCAAGAGAAAAAGGAAAGAGAAGCGAAGAAGACGGAAGAAUUGAAAGAGAAAUACAAAUCUUGGAAUAAAGGAGUUGCACAGAUUGAGGAUCGAAGGGCACAACUGGAAGAAAUGGCAAGAGUUGCAGCUGAACCAAUGGCGAGAGCUCGUGAUGAUGAUGCAAUGAAUGCUCAUCUGAAAGAAGUGCUUCAUGCAGCGGAUCCAAUGGCCAAUAUAAUUCAAAAGAAGCGACGAGAUACAGCGAUUGAUAGAGGAGAACUUGUCUAUCCAUCGUAUCAUGGUCACUGGGUACCCAAUCGAUUCAAUAUUGCUCCUGGAUAUCGAUGGGAUGGAGUUGACAGAUCGAAUGGAUUCGAAGGAAAACUCGCCAAAACUGCAAACACAAAAACAGCCAAUCAAUCCGAAUAUUACAAGUCUAUUGCAGAAUACGAGUGA